UAACCUAGCCUGGCAAGAAGACUGUUUCCUUUGCACUGUGGAAGUUACAUCUUGUAUAUGGCGUGGUUAAGGUUGCAGCCUGUCACCUCAGCCUUCCUCCGGUUUGGGCUCAUUACGUUUGUGCUGUUUUUAUAUGGUCUACAGGUGGACGCGGGCAUGGGACUUGAUUCACCCAGCAUAGGGCAUAAUGCUACAUGCUCAGGUUCUUCUGAGUGCAAGGAGGGUGUUAUCUUGCCAAUAUGGUACCCAGAAAAUCCUUCCAUGGGGGACAAAAUUGCCAGGGUUAUUGUUUACUUUGUGGCAAUGAUCUACAUGUUCCUUGGAGUGUCUAUCAUUGCUGACCGUUUCAUGGCAUCCAUAGAGGUCAUCACUUCCCAAGAGAAAACCAUUACAAUCAAGAAACCCAAUGGAGAAACGACCACCACCACCAUCCGAGAAUGGAAUGAAACUGUUUCCAAUCUCACUCUCAUGGCUCUGGGCUCCUCUGCUCCAGAGAUCCUCUUGUCACUGAUAGAAGUCUGUGGUCAUGGAUUUGUUGCUGGAGACCUGGGGCCGUCUACGAUAGUUGGCAGUGCUGCUUUCAACAUGUUUAUCAUCAUAGCCAUCUGUGUUUAUGUCAUUCCUGAUGGCGAGACUAGGAAGAUAAAACAUUUGAGGGUUUUCUUUGUCACUGCUGCAUGGAGCAUCUUUGCAUACAUCUGGCUGUACAUGAUCCUUGCGGUCUUCUCUCCGGGUGUGGUUCAGGUGUGGGAAGGCCUGCUCACCCUGGUGUUCUUUCCUGUUUGUGUCAUCCUGGCUUGGAUAGCAGACAGAAGGUUGUUUUUCAAUAAAUAUGUGCACAAAAAGUAUCGUACCAACAAGCACAGGGGCAUUAUCAUUGAAACGGAGGGGGAUCACCCCAAAGGGAUCGAAAUGGAUGGUAAGAUGAUGAACUCCCACUUUCUGGAUGGUCACCUCAUGCCUAUGGAAGGGAAAGAGGUGGAUGAGUCCCGCAAAGAGAUGAUCCGAAUUCUUAAGGAUCUGAAGCAAAAGCACCCUGAGAAAGACUUAGACCAGCUGGUGGAGAUGGCCAAUUACUAUGCCUUAUCUCAUCAGCAAAAGAGCAGAGCGUUCUAUCGGAUUCAGGCUACUAGGAUGAUGACAGGAGCAGGAAACAUUUUAAAAAAGCAUGCUGCUGAGCAAGCCAAGAGAAGCACUAGCUUGCAUGAAGUGCGGCCCGAGGAGCCAGAGGAGUUCAUCUCAAAAGUCUAUUUUGAUCCUUGCUCCUACCAGUGCCUGGAGAACUGUGGUGCUGUCCUCCUGACGGUUGUCCGGAAAGGAGGAGAUGUAUCUAAGACGGUUUAUGUGGACUAUAAAACCGAGGAUGGUUCUGCCAAUGCCGGAGCUGACUAUGAGUUCACAGAAGGGACCGUCGUUCUGAAGUCAGGGGAGACUCAGAAGGAGUUCUCCAUAGGCAUCAUUGAUGAUGACAUUUUUGAAGAAGAUGAGCAUUUCUUUGUGCGCCUCAGCAACCUGCGGGUGGUUGAGGCUGAGGAACCACCACCUGAGCUCAACAACUUGCCAUAUCCCAAGGCCAUGCUGGCCUCUCCCUGUGUGGCUACUGUGACUAUUUUAGACGACGACCACGCAGGGAUCUUCACUUUUGAGUGCGAUGUGAUGCAUGUCAGUGAAAGCAUUGGGGUAAUGGAGGUGAAGGUUCUGAGGACCUCUGGUGCCCGAGGUACAGUCAUUGUCCCGUACAGAACAGUUGAAGGGACAGCAAAAGGAGGUGGAGAGGAUUUUGAAGAUGCAUAUGGGGAGCUGGAGUUCAAGAAUGAUGAAACUGUCAAAACUAUUCAGAUCAAGGUAAUUGAUGAUGAGGAGUAUGAGAAAAACAAGACUUUCUUCAUUGAGCUGAUGGCCCCCCGCAUGGUGGAUAUGAGUUUACAGAAAGCACUCCUUCUGACUCAAGAAGUGACAGAAAGGAAGCUGACACUGGAAGAAGAGGAAGCCAAGCGUAUUGCGGAAAUGGGGAAGCCAAUAUUGGGCGAACAUCCCAAACUGGAAGUCGUCAUUGAAGAGUCCUAUGAAUUCAAGAGUACAGUGGACAAGCUCAUCAAGAAAACAAACCUAGCCUUGGUUGUAGGAACACAUUCAUGGCGGGAGCAGUUCAUGGAAGCCAUUACUGUCAGUGCAGCAGGUGAUGAGGAUGAAGAUGAGUCUGGCGAAGAGCGCCUGCCCUCCUGCUUCGACUAUGUCAUGCACUUCCUGACCGUCUUCUGGAAGGUGCUCUUUGCCUGUGUCCCACCCACUGAGUACUGCAAUGGCUGGGCUUGCUUCAUUGUCUCCAUCCUGAUCAUUGGCAUGCUCACCGCUAUCAUUGGGGACUUAGCCUCUCAUUUUGGCUGCACAAUUGGCCUCAAGGAUUCAGUGACUGCUGUCAUCUUUGUGGCUUUCGGUACUUCAGUUCCAGACACGUUCGCUAGCAAAGCUGCCGCCAUCCAAGACGUCUAUGCAGAUGCUUCUAUCGGCAACGUCACAGGCAGCAAUGCUGUCAAUGUCUUCUUGGGCAUCGGACUGGCAUGGUCAGUGGCCGCCAUCUACUGGGCUUAUCAGGGAGCGGAGUUCCACGUGUCGGCAGGCACGCUAGCCUUCUCCGUGACACUGUUCACCAUUUUUGCUUUCGUCUGCAUCAGUGUCCUGUUGUACCGAAGACGGCCUCACCUCGGAGGGGAACUAGGAGGCCCCAAAGGGUGCAGACUGGCCACAACUUUGCUCUUUGUGAGCUUGUGGUUACUGUACAUUCUGUUUGCCACUCUGGAGGCCUAUUGCUACAUCAAAGGGUUUUGAGUUGCGGAGGGAGGAACAACACGCCAGAAGAGAGGGCAUCUCCCUCCUUUGUUACCUCAUUGGACACCAGUCCUCAAAAGUGUUGCCAAACCAGGAGUGACAGCUAUCAAUCAAGAUUCCGUCAUUACCCAUACUGAAGAAAAGCUGGGCUUUAAGAAGGGCAAAACCAUCUCUUAAAAGGGAAAAAAUAAAAGUUAAACAAAGCCAACACAUCAACCCAGCCAGUGGUCCCAUAUUCAGUCAAAUCAGAAGGAGGAGCAGCAUUUCGAAACACCUACUUCUUCAACAUUGCUGCUGAUCUCAACAUUGUUAUUUCCUCCCCUUGCAAAAUGUGAUGUAUUCCGAUGAAAAUCUUAUAAAUAAUUUGGUUGAUUGUUUCGGUUUAUUUUUAAUUUGGGGAUGGUGAAUCUUACUUGAUCUCUUUUCCUUUUUAAAAAAAAAACACUCAGAAAGGGGCUGAAAAAUAGUCCACACAUCCAAACCUCAUGUCAGCACCAAUGCUGGAACUAGAAAAUGCUCAACAUUUUAUUUUACUUAUUUUUUACAUUGCAUAAACAAUAUUUAUCAAAAGACUCACUUGUGUCACCUUAUUUUAGGGUUGCAUUGCUAGACUGUUAUAUUUGAACUGCAAACACAGUACACAAACACAUAUUCAGGAGAAAUACAGUUGAAAGCUGGAGCACGUAGCAGUUCAUUCACCGGCCUGGGCUACCAAAA